ACCCAAAACAGUCACAAUCCCACACCACUAUCCAUCCAACUCGGCCAGAGGCAGAGGGCCAGAGCGCCCUGCGGUGCGGCGAUGCUCUCCUCACCCGCCUGCUCACCGCUCCGCCUAAUCCCGGCCGGCGGUGGCGCUCGCCGGAGGAGCGCCGCCGCCGCGACCAUCACGAUGCGGGACCGGAGCAAGAACCGGAAGCCGACGCAGCGCGGGCGGUACCUCAGCACCGAGGCCAUCCAGGCCGUCCAGUCCCUCAAGCGCGCCGCCCUCCGCGGCGGCCCCGCCGCGUCCUCCGCCGCCGCGGUAGAGCCCAAGCUGCGGCGCCUCCUCAAGGCCGACAUGGUAGCCGUCUUCCGCGAGCUCGCCGCGCAGGGCGAGGCACUACUGGCCCUCCAGGUCUUUGAGGAGAUUCGGAAGGAGCAUUGGUACAAGCCUAGGUUGCUGUGGUACGUAGAUCUUGUUACAGUGCUUGCAAGUAAAGGUUUGCGGUCUGAGGUUGACAAAGCCUGUUCCUACCUGAAGAGGGAACAGUUGGAGCCAGACACUGAAGGUUUCAAUCUGCUUCUGAAGGCACUCCUAGAUGCUGGGUUCACACAAUUAACACUGGAUUGUUUCCGUCUGAUGAAAUUGUGGGACAGUGAUCCUGAUAAGAUAACAUAUACAACAUUGAUCAAAGGUCUUGGAUCCCUAGGAAAGAUGGAGCUAUCUGCUGGUAUAAGGUUGGAGGCAGAAAAUGAUUACGGUUCCUUGGACUUCCUUGAUGAAGUGGAGAUCGAACAGGCUUGUACAAGUAGUUCGUAACAGUAUGGCCAAUGUGGUUUGGUUGCUUAUUGAUCGAACAAGCAGGAGUUAUAUCUGCAUUGUUCGGAAUGAUCAUAUGGCAACCUGGCAAAGAAAUCACCCCAAAUAUUUGGAUUGUUUAGGGUUUAGAAAGUAGAACAACGUAACUUGUUGCAGCAAGGACUACUGACUACUGACAUCUAACUUUUGUCCGUCCAUAUUUUCUUUUGUAACUUGUCCAGAUUUUUCUUUGAGAAGUUCUCUGCAUCUAUUCAUACUGUUGACUUGCCAUCUGAAUUAUAGUCACAUUACUGAAUUCCCUUUGCGACUUUCAGUAAUCGCAUUUCUGUAUAUAUAAAUGGCUGCGUGCUUCCACUCA